AUGAAGGAUAUCUUAUUGGAUCCAACCACGUCCAAAUAUUCUCGAAAAACCAAUACCAUUCUUUCGUUAUUAUCUUUGAGCUCUACAAAUACUGGUGAGUCGGGAGGUGAAACUCAUUCAAUGAGUAUCAACGGAUGUUUGUUCCAUAGAGUUGAUGGUAUGAUAGCUCAAGAAAAUGGUCAAGAGAAAUUUGCAGAAAUUUAUACACUAGAUCCAGGAUUAGCUACAAAUCGUCACGUUAAACUACUUAAAGAUGUUCUUCAAAACGAUGAAGAAUAUAACAAACUUGAGAACUACAUUAGCAAAAUUGGUGAAUUUCUAUCUCAAAACAAUCAUUAUACGCAGAUGUUAUAUACUGCUAGAGAAACUGUUCAACAAGAAAUUACAGUGAUGGGAAUAACAAGCGAAGAAACUAUUAUUGAAUUUGCCAGUAUUGAGCCAGCAGUACCAACCAAUUCAGAGCAUUGUACUUCUCUAUUACUAGAGGUUAAAGAGUUUGCCUUGGCAAGACAUACUUCAAUCUCAGUGCGUAUAAAGGAAAGAUAUACAGGCUGUCUCACUUUUAUCAACAGUCUGUACAGAAGUGCAUUUUGA